GCCUCUUGCUGAGCUUAGAGACCGAAAGAGGGACUCUGAGGCUUUAUAGAGAGAGAAAAAUCACCACUGGAUUGUGUACAGCUUCAGAAGAGACUGGGAGAGAGAAAUCAGACAAGUCUUUUUGAGAAGUUGAAAAUGGGUGAAACUGUGCCGAUCAAUUAAAGGGUCCUACGCAGAGGGAUUUUGGUUCGUUUUGGUGGCAUUUCCUGGGUAAAUGGUUUCGACCUUACCCAUAUGAAUACGCAGUCCAUGCAAAGAGACACCUCAUACCCGCCUACGGACUCCUACCACAGUAGAGUCGUAGAUUUCCUGAAUGACUCGGAAGCAAAUGCCUUCAAGCUGGUGGACCUGGCUCCAUUAACCCCGACAGUAAGUGUGACCGAGAAAUUGCUUGUCGGUGAUUUAAGCCUAUAUAGCAAAAGUUUAGACUGAUGGUAAUAGCACCCAGUUUUAAUGGAACUGUGCAGGAACUACUGGGUCAGGCAAGAGUGUGUGUGACCUUUACCUGUGUAAAGUUAGCAAUUCACAAAUGAGCAUCUUCAAGGAAAACUUGAGGGGAACAGGAACGGAAUUUGUUUAAAGAUCGCCAGUGGAACUGCAAAUAGACCUCUGUAGUCAGAAGGUGGGUGACCUGUCUGUGCUAAAACUGGUGAUUUCUCCACCGAGAAGAACGCAGGUUGCCAUUUUACAGCUUUUGCAGAAGUAGAAGAAGAGAAACAUUGUUCAGAAUGUGGUCAGGGUCACACGAACAGAAAUAGACUACUGAAUUGCAAGGUUCAAAACUAUUUUCCCUGUUCUGAAACAAUUGGUUGACUCCGUUGGAGAAAUGAGUGGCAGCCCAUGGGUGUCAAUUAAUGCGACUCUUGAGUCAGAGCUGCUAUUUGUCGGCAGCCGGGUGAUGGUCGUGGUGCUUUUAUUCACUUGUUGAGUGAGUCCUCCUCUAAGGCCUUUUAGAAACUUUCAAUAGGAAGGAAAUGCUUUCAUGAAAUUCCGAAAGGGCAGCUAGCUUGGUCUCUUGCAGCAAAAGCAGUUGCCUUGUGGCACCUUGGAAACACGGCUUUAUUAUAGCAUGAGCUUCUAUAGGAAGUAGAAAUGGUGGCUCUGCUUCAAAUGUGGAUCUUUUCUAUCAAAGCUCUUGCUACAAAUACACUCUCUAUAAUCCUUAUAAAGUAGGAAAGGACUUUUUAAAAAAAUCAUUUCUGCCAUUUCUAUUUUUACCUGUAACCUUGUGAUCAUUUUGCUGGUUUUUAAGGAAACGAGUGGAGCAUAUUUAUCACAGGAGUUCUGAAAAGUAAAAUGCCCCAUCUCUCACCCUCUCACUUUGGACAGGGGAUUAGUAACAUUUGUCCACUGUUUAAAUAGUCUUUAAAGUUGAAACAAACAAAACGAAGAAUUACUUUCAAAUUAAGCAGGGAGUGGGCUCCUUUGUUGGAUGCUGUGAAGAGGCUUGGUGGAGAGAUUAUUGCAUGCUGUGAAUUAAAACUGUAUGGUUCGCUUUGCCUAACUACACUGGUGUUAUGCUACACUUCGGAAGUGACGGGCAUGCAUCACAGUUUGCCGCACAUAAUUUACUUCCAUCUUUCAAACUGCCUCUUGCAAUCUUUCAGUUCUGACUUUUGUGAAUGGGUUUUGGCACGGCUAUCAGUGAAAUUAGUGUUCUGAGGGCCAAGUCGUCUAUUACUUCUGGCAGCCGUCUUGUUCAUGCAAGUGGUCUGCUCACAUAACUUCAGAGGAGAAAACACACUGAAAAAUUCAGAUGGGCUUCUGAGCCCAGCGAGCUCUCCAUGCAUCUUCUGUGAAUUCUCUCCUCUGACAUUAUGUUGUUGUGUAAGAUGAUCAUUUGCAUGAGCAUCAAAAUGUACAAAAAUCUUUCACUGUCUUAGGUGAAUUCAGUAUUAUUACUAUUACUAUUAACCUGUCUUACACCCUUAGGUUCCAGGGUAGGUUACAACAAUUACAGCAAUAUACAACACAUACAGUAAUUAGUUUUCUGUUUAAAUCAUGUGCGUGUUAAUUGUAAGUGGAGGAUAUAUAUGAGGGAUUGCAUCCAACUAAGUCCCCCUCAGAGUUGACAUAUUGAAAUUAAUGAAACUACGUUAGUCAUGUCCAUUCAUUUCUAUGGGUCUACUCCAGCACUGGAUUCAACCCAAGAUCAAAAAUGCAUAGCAAUCUUAUGAUAUAUACUAAUAGCUGAUUCAAUUCUGCUAGUGCUGGUCCUUAUGUAAGUCAACCGGCACCACUCACACACAAGAGUCUGUUUGCAAAAGUACCAGAGGCUUGCAGAAGUCGAAACAACCUUUAGGGGGGGAAAUCCCAACGUGGGAGGGGAGCCCCAGAACUGCCCAGUGAGGAUGGAGCAUGCUCAGUAGCAAUAGAAUUCUGAUGGUGGGUUGGAAAUUGGGUGUGGGAAAGAAUAAUAAUAAUAAUAUUAAAUUUAUUAUUUAUACCCCGCCCAUCUGGCUGGUUUCCACCAGCCACUCUGGGCGGCUUCCAACCGAAUAUUAAAAACAGGGCCACCUUCAGUUGUCUUUUAAAAGUACAAUAGUUGCUUAUUGCAUUGACAUCUGCUGGGAGGGCGUUCCACAGGGCAGGUGCCACUACCGAGAAGGCCCUCUGCCUGGUUCUCUGUAACCUCACUUCUCGCAGCGAGGGAACCGCCAGAAGGCCCUUGGCGCUGGACCUCAGUGUCCGGGUAGAAUGAUGGGGGUGGAGACGCUCCUUCAGGUAUACUGGACUGAGUCCAUUUAGGGCUUUAAAGGUCAGCACCAACACUUUUAAAUGUGCUCAGAAACAUACUAGGAGCCAAUGAAGAUCUUUCAGGACCGGUGUUAUAUGGUCUUGGUGGCCACUCCCAGUCACCAGUCUAGCUGCUGCAUUCUGGAUUCAUUGCAGUUUCUGAGUCACCUUCAAAGGUAGCCCCACGUAGAGCGCAUUGCAGUAGUCCAAGUGGCAGAUAACUAGAGCAUGCACCACUCUCGCAAGACAGUCUGUGGGCAGGUAGGGUCUCAGCCUGUGUACCAGGUGGAGCUGGUAGACGGCUGCCCUGGACACCGAGUUAACCUGUGCCUCCAUGGACAGCUGUGAGUCCAAAAUGACUCCCAGGCUGUGCACCAGGUCCUUCAGGGCCACAGUUACCCCAUUCAGGACCAGGGAGUCCUCCACACCAGCCCGCCCCCUGUCCCCCAAAAACAGUACUUCUGUCUUGUCAGGAUUCAACCUCAAUCCAUUACCCGCCAUCCAUCCUCCAGCUGCUUCCAGACACUUACACAGGACUUUCACUGCCUUAACUGGGUGGGAGCAGGAAUGGAACAUAGCAUCUAGGAAAAGGAGAUUGGUAACUGGAGCCACAGGCGGACUUUGGUAAUAUGGCAAUACUUCUUAUUUUCACAAUAGUUCAUUUUCAUGCAGUUGCUUUUUUAUUCUUCUUCUCAGUAGGUACCCAUAUAAAUAUAGGUUUCAUUAUUAUUAUUAUUAUUACUACUAUUAUUAAUAAUAAUAUUUUGCAACCCUUCGGCUCAGUGCUCUGUACAGGGAAAAACCCGCACCACCCAAAUCCUGCACUGCUGAACCAGAACGCUCUACAAAGCGAUGUUUUAUUGCAGGUCCUGCUGGUAAUAUUUAUUCAUUCAAAAGAUGAAACAAAAUCUCUUUAUGCAAAAGAGAUAAAUAACAGUGCCAAACUGCACUGCCAUGCAGGCAAGAGCUUGGGAAAAUAGUGGGAUUUGACUAUGAGGAUUUAUUUUGAAAUGUAUUGACACAGCAGCAUUGAUGUGCAUGGUGUUUUACAGAAUAAUGCGAGCAACCAGUCAACCUGCAAAAACAGGUCCUAGGAGCUUACUGGGUCUUUUCUGAGAGAGCAAGAGACAGUGGCAGACAGGGGAGGAGAAGGAAAGGUAAAAGCAAGUAGAAUGAGAACAUGCAUGGAGACCGUCGAGUCCAGCAAUUUGCUGUCAUGAUGGCCAACCAAGCAAGGAUAGAUAGCUCUGUUGGAAGAGCAUGGGACUCUUAAUAUCAAGGUCAUGGGUUCAAGCCCCACGUUGGGCAAAAGAUUCUUGCCUUACAGGGGUUUGGACUAGAUCAUCCUUGUGGUCCCCUCUAUGAUUCUGUGAUUCUUUAAGGCAGGACAUGAGCACAAAAGCACAUUCCCUGCUUGUGAUUCCCUGCAAUUGGAACUACGUGACCAUGCGGUUACACGUACUUAGGCUAGAGUUCAUUAGAGAAGGAACGUGUUAGGUGCUAUAUGAACACAUAUAUUUCUGGGGUUUUUUGGAUCUCAUCAUGAAAAUGGAUAGCAGAUGGCAACAGCUGGGGGGGGGGAGAAAGAGAGACCGGAUUAGUGGAAAGUGGCCCAAAUUUGACAGUCCAAUGGGGAUGUCAUUUGCAAAUGGGAGAAGGGCAGGCCUUUGAGAUUACAAUGUGCGGCUGUAGGUAUAUUUUCUACGUCACUUGUAUGCCUUUUAUUUUAGCUCUACAUUUCUACCAGUGCUUUUUUAGUAUGCAAAAGUGUGGCAUUUAAAGGUGGCCAUAUGUGUUGCUUAAUGUGAUGUAUAGACUCAAAUUGGGGAGAAGACACAGAUGCUACAGGACUUGCUAUGGGACACCCUUUGUGGAAGCCUCCCACAGCUCUGCAACUCAUAAUUGUUUUCAACGUGUGUGUGUGUGUGUGUGUGUGUGUGUGUAGAUAGAUAGAUAGAUAGAUAGACAGAUAGAGAUGUAUUUCUCCACACCUGACAUUUGAAAGGGUGAACUGACUCCAGCCAAAAGUACAGAUGAUAGCAUUGAGUAAAUAACUUGCAUGUGUGAAUCACCCACUGCAGGUUAAACCCCACAGACUGAAAGGCCAUAUUACACCCACAGGCAACUCAAAACCCAAUUCUCUUUUAAAGGGAGACUAUUCACCCUCUAGGGACGCGGGUGGCGCUGUGGGUUAAACCACAGAGCCUAGGACAUGCCGAUCAGAAGGUCCGCGGUUUGAAUCCCCACGACGGGGUGAGCUCCUGUUGCUCGGUCCCUGCUCCUGCCAACCUAGCAGUUCAAAAGCAUGCCAAAGUGCAAGUAGAUAAGUAGGUACCACUCUGGUGGGAAGGUAAACGGCAUUUCCAUGCGCUGCUCUGGUUCUCCAGAAGCGGCUUAGCCAUGCUGGCCACAUGACCCGGAAGCUGUAUGCUGGCUCCCUCGGCCAAUAAAGCGAUACGAGCGCCACAACCCCAGAGUCGGCCACGACUGGACCUAAUGGUCAGUGGUCUCUUUAUUCACCCUCUUGGCUAAGAGUACUUAAGUAAUAACUCACCAAGUGAUGGAAGUGUGUGGAUGAAUCAACCUUUAAAAACCCUUACAGUGCAACCCUUACACAUGGCUCCUUGCCAAGUAAACCCCACUGGGUUCAAUGAGACUUAUUCCCAGGUAUGUGUGUGCAGGAUUGCAGCCUUGGACUUGGUUAAGAGGCCUCAGACACCUGGGGCAGUCUUAGCUAGUGCUCUGAUCAGCUCCUUUCAGCACAUGGUGGAAGGGGUCUAUAGAAACCCUUCUCAUUUGAACUGCUGAUUUUUUUUGGGGGGUGGGGCUACUACUUAUUCACCAAGGUAAACUGUUAGGUCCAGUCAUGGAUGACUCUGGGGUUGUGGUGCUCAUCUCACUUUACUGGCCGAGGGAGCCAGUGUACAGCUUCCGGGUCAUGUGGCUAGCAUGACUAAGCCGCUUCUGGCAAACCAGAGCAGUGCAUGGAAACACCAUUUACCUUCCCGCCGGAGUGGUACCUAUUUAUCUACUUGCGCUUUGACAUGUUUUCGAACUGCUAGGUUGGCAGGAGCAGGGACCGAGCAACGGGAGCUCACCCCGGGAUUUGAACCACUGACAUUCUUUUCGGCAAGCCCUAGGCUCUGUGGUUUAGACCACAGCGCCACCCGCGUCCCUUUGGAGCAGCAGCUUAGUUUUUGUUAAAGAGAAAAGGAGAAAAAGAAAACUCUCGUUCACCAUCCUGAACAAAAAACACACACAUCUACACACACAAAUGCUGUUACCACCAUUGCAACACUUUUUAGCAUCCCUCGUUUUUGGACUCUGAAAGUUGAAAAAUUCAACAUACCCUAAUGGAGCCCAAGGUUCCCAAGGUUGAAGAAGGCUGCCAUAGAACAGAUGUGGUCAAAGUGGUGUUGAACAUAGGUUUCUGGAUGGUGACUGCCUUCAUUCCUUUACCUCUAGCUAUGCAGGCCAGAGAUUGGAGGAGCAUUUUGUCAAAGGCCCCUUGAGACUUGGAGUCAGUCCUGCUUUUUCCUCAUGGAUUUGUUUUGCAUGUGUAUAAACAUUAGAGCAAGCCUGCUUCUUUCCUUUCUAUAGGACUGCUGGACAAGACAGGAUCUUUAUUUGCUUUCAUAGAAAAAUGGAGAGACAGUCCUGGGCCCUGCCUCCUCUUUGCAUGUUGUUAGGUUUAAUUAGUUUUCUGCAAUUGGUAUAUUAUUUUUAGAAGUCAGAAAAUCUCUAACAACAGGAUUGUUGCCCGUGAAAAGUAACUUGGCUUGCUCCAUAAUAUUUUCAGGGGAUUAUAUGUCGAUAUUGGGAAACUGGAGAAUGUUCAGUGAUGCAAACACAGUAGGGUCAGGAUAUUUUGCCACCAUUUCCCUUCUGGCCACUGGGUGGAUUUGACAUUUCAUUUUGUGUGCAUUAAAAAAAUGAAAUGGGGGAAUAUAUGCCCAGAAGAGAUAAACAAAGAUUUUCUUGCUCAUGUGAUUUAAGCUGCUUUAAAAUGCGCAGUUCACUUGUUCAGCAAAGAGCUUUAACAUCUGAGAGUGUUGUCAUAUGCAAUUCUGCCUUUUAGUAUUUACUGCGUCAAUUCUGGAUUCUAAUGUAGAGCAGCCCAAAGUAUAUUCCAAGCCUAUGUAGGUUUUACAACGGAAUUUCAAAUGUGGGAGAUGGGGGGGGGGACCUGAUUUAAACUAUCACUUAUGAAAAUGACACCAGGUUUUGGAAAUACAUUCCCAGUGCGCCGAGGUACACUGAUCAGCUUUACUAGAUUGUUAAAACUCUGUGUUGUUGUACUUUAAAAUUAUUUAAAGGUGUAUUUGAAGAGUUUUUGCCCCCAAUUUUGGUGAAUAAACUCCCAGAUCAGAGAAUAAUAGAACCUUAGAGUUGGAAGGGACCCACGGGUCAUCUAGUCCAACCCCCUGCAAUGCAGGAAUCUCAGCUAAAGCAUCCAGGACAGAUGACCACCCAACCUCUGCUUAAAAACCUCCAAGGAAGGAGAGUCCACCACCAAACAGCUCUUACUGUCACAAGGUUUUUCCAGAUGUUUAGUCAGAAUCUCCUUUGUUGUAACUUGGAAGCCAUUGCCUCAAGUCCUACCCUCAAGAGUAGUAGAUAGGGGUGGAGUAGCUGGGUGUUCUGCUUCCAGUCACAGUCAGCUUUAUGUCUUUGGGAUGCUCACAAGCAGAGUACAAAACCAGCAGCCCACCGAUGCUGUUUCUCUCCCCACCUUCUGACAUUCCGAGGUAUACUGCCUCUGACUAUGGAAGUUCCAUUUAGCUAUUUGUUGGCCUGACACCUGCGAAUUUGUGUAAUCUAUCCAUCUAAGCAACUGACUGUUAUCACCCCAUCUUGCGGAGUGAAUCCAACAAGUCAAAAGUGCAUAGGGAAAUGAUCCCUGAUACCAAGAUGAGGGAUUCUAUGGAAUGCAGAUAGAGAGAAUUGAUAAGAAUAAUGAUCUGUUGUCACCUCGAUGGAAGAGUACAAUAGACAAGCCUUCUUGUGUUUUGGCUCAUUCCCCUCCCCCCCUUUCCCCCCUUCCUUCUCCUUCUUUCCUCUUUCUUUCUUCUUUUUUCUUUCCCAAAAUGGCUUAUGUUCUAUGCCAUGUCCUUUGAUAUUUUUUGUAGUUUUUUAGCCUUUUCCAUUAUUAUUAUCAUCAAGGAUUUUUCUUUUGUGAUUUCAGUUGUUUAUAUUUAUCUGUAUUUGUUUAAAGCAAAAUAAAAAUAAAAUAAUAAUAAUAAUAAAACUGACUGUUAUCACCCCUUCUUGAGGAGGGAAUCCAACAAGUCAAAAGUGCAUUAUGCAAAGAAGUCCUUCCUCUGGACUGCCCUGAUGCUGUUGCCAGCCAGUUGCAUCGAUUCUCAUGCCAUGAGAAAUGUAGGGGAGGGGACUCCUCCAUUACUCCAUGCAUAAAUUUUAUAAAUACCUGCCUUAUCCUAGACCCCCAACCCCACCACAUUCUUUUUUCUUCUUCAUCAUCAUCAUCUAAGGUUUACACUCUAAGCCACAGCUUCUUGGACUCCCAGGAUAGGGAUCCUGAUAGGUUGCCAUUGUGCCUGCCUUCCAGCAACUUCAGCAAACUGCUUUCUGUCCUUCUGCAGGUGAGGAAGGACCCCUCUUCAUUCAAAAGGGUCCCCAGAGGGACCUGCAUGAGAAAGGCCUAUUAAAAAAAAGGACAUUCUUUGCAUUUUCCUUCAUUAUUGUCACGAGCGAUUUGAAUUGUGUCGAUGUUCCUAAAGAGGAAAACAUCUAUCCCCAGUUGUUUUCAGUAGCAGCAUGAAGCGGGGUUUGGGUUCUUAGACUGAAGGUGCUGUUGCUUGAAUGCUGCCUUCAUGUCCUAGCAAUACAAUGAAAGUAUACUGGCACCAAGUGGCCUGAAGCCUUAGAUGCAAGAUUCUUUUUGCACCUCAUUCUUCAAUGGUUUGAUGGAACACUUUGGGCUUGAUGCAUUUCUGCAAUUGAUGGUGUUCUUCUGAAGAGUGUGGCAUUAAACAUAAAUGAAUUGUGGUGUUUUUGCAAUUCUCUCUCUCUCUCUCUCUCUCUCUCUCUCUCUCACACACACACACACACACACACACAUACACACAACAUUGGCCUGUAAGGUGAAAACAACACCAACUCCAAAAUCCACAGUAAGGCAAUGCCUUUGUUUUGACCGACCAAAGUGUCACAAGAUAGAGAAGUGAGUAAGCUGUCAAGUUUUCUUGUGCUCUUCGUCAAACUAGAAGUUACAAAAAGCAGGAGGUGGAUGCAUAGAGGAGCAUAGCGGAUGCAUAGGAGGAUGCAUAGAACUAAAAUAAUACAGUGGUACAUUGGUUUUUGAACGUCUCUGUUGAUGAACAUUUCGGUUUUCGAAUGCUGUAAACCCAGAAGUAAAUGCUUCGGUUUUCGAACACGCCUCGGAAGUCGAACAUGAAACGCAGCUUCUGCUGAGUGCAAGAUCCUGAGGCCCAGCUGUCGGCUAUUGAGUUUUUGGUUUUUGAACGUUUCAGAAUUUGAAUGGUCUUUCGGAAUGGAUUACAUUCCAAUACCGAGGUACCACUGUAUUCCCAAAAUCCACAGUUAGGCAAAGCCUUGAUUAGGACCAGCCAAAAUGUCACAUAAUAGCAAGCAAGCUUUUGAGUUCUCUAGGACUCUACAUUCAUUCAUUGAAUGGAUGUCCUGCUCUUCCUCUCAAAGGAGCCCAGGGCAUCAAGCUGCAAGUUACAAAAAGAAGGGGGAUAGUUGUGGGGGAACAGGCUGAGUAUAGCUAAAUUAAGAUUUCCAGUGGGUGGAUCAGGGAUCCCAUCCCAUGCACAGCUUAUUUUCUGUCCCCUUCACUGGGAGUACUGAAAUCAUUCAAAUCCAUUGAAUUUGAAUACAUACAGGUGACAGCUUUUCUUGGCACAGUAUUUGAAUUACCUGGGUAUUAUUAUUUUUAUAUCAUCAUUAUCAUCACUGAGUAAGCACAGGCAUGGAGCUCACUGGAUGUUGAUUACUACCUUCCUUGGAGCCUUAUAUACACCAGAUGCUAAAAUGUGUGUCCUUCCUUCUCCCUAGAGAAUCCUGGGAAUUGUUUUGCAACAAGGAGGGUGGCCUAGAGAUCCCUAACAGUGAGUUCUCACAAAAUUACAAUUUCCAGAAUUCUCGGGGGCAGAGAAGAUGUAUAAAGCUGAUAUAAGUUUAUGGUGUAGCUAAUACAUAAAACAGAUCCAUGUGGAUUCUUUUCUCUUUCGGUGGCAAGGAGGUCCUUUUAGCUUUACUUCUGCACAAACUCCCAUGCUUUAAAGCUUAGUGAAUGCAAACCAAAGCAGCUCCGUCAUCCAUAGUUACAGUGUUUACAUUUGAAAGAUGAGCAAAUCUGGUUGGAAAAUAUUCUCUGAAAUAUUUGCUCCACCCAGAUUUUGACUUUCUUCUUUCUCGCCAGGAGACAUCGGAAUACCUGCCCUUCUGGUGGGUGAAAGACAAUGGGGCCUUUGUGAAUUUCUGCCAUUCUGUUUCCCCUCUAGGAGCUGACGAUGCUGAAUCCCCCACACCCUUUCCCGACAGUGAACGUCCCAGCCCCCACCCACUAUACCAUCGGGGCUGUCAUUCUCGCAGUGGGGAUCACAGGAACUCUUGGUAACCUCCUGGUCAUCUUUGCUUUCUGCAGGUAUUCAACACAGUUACUUUCUGCUGCGCAGUAUUCCCCGGGAUAGGUUUCCAUGCUAGCAGCACCAGAGGACAUUGGAAUGUAUCUAGGAAACAAUCCUAGUAUAUUGUUGAUCCAUCUAGUUCAGUAAUUUUGAAUCUUAACUGGGCACUUUUCUCUUAUUGCAUUUUAUUCCUUAAACUGUUCUGCAUGGUGAGUUCUCAGGAAGCUCUUGAAACGGCGAACUGUAUAAACAGUGUGCAUUUGUUUGAAGGAAAGCAGUUAGGAAAAGAGCCUGAGGAAUCAAUGUUUCCAUUCCAAGACAAACUUAACGGUAUUGAAACGAGGUGCCCUUGACAGAAAAUCGGUUCUCUGUUGAUGCCUACGGAAUGUUCCACUAUUUUCAAGGCAUCUUGAUUUGUGUUUCCCUAGUGCUCUCUCUCUCUCUCUCUCUCUGUGUGUGUGUGUGUAUGUACACAUACAUUUAUUAUACAGGCUUCCUUUCUUAAUUGUGCUUUUAAAGGGAAUGACAGAGACCUACUUUUUCAAUGAAGUAUUAACCUAUAUCUGGGCGGUAUUGCAGGAUGCUGGUUGAGGGGUGGGGGGCUUGUGUAGUUGUGUGGUCCUCAAUAUGAAAAAAAAAAUCCCUCUGCUUGGAAAACUUGAUUUCAAGCAGUAAUGUCAAAACGCAGCCCUUUUCCUGUCAUGAUAGCUUUCUUCGUGCAGGAAACAUGUUUGUAUGGCUGGACUCAGUUGUCAACUAUAUUCUUAAGGGUUUCAGUUCAGAUUAAGGUAAACCACCUCAAUGGGAACUAGGCCAGAGGCUGUAGAGAAUAUUAAGCAAUGGAUGUGUAGUGUCAAGAUCUCAUGAGAAGAAGCCAGGAAAAGCAACUGUGGUAUGGUCUCAUUUUAGUAAUGGGAUUGAGCUUGAUGUUUAUUGCUACUGGGGCUCUUCAGUCACAUGCUGCCCAAUAUCAAGUGGGUCAAAUGUGAACUGGACAAGGUUACUGUUAGGUGGAUUUGUAGCUGGUUGACUGACCAAACCCAAAGAGUGCUAAUUAAUGGAUCACCACCAUCCUGGGGGAAAGGGACAAGCGGGGUGCCACAGGGUUCUGUCCUGGGCUGGUUGUUGUUCAACACCUUUAUUAAUGACAUGGAUGAAGGAAUUGAAGGGAUGUUCAUCAGAUUUGUAGAUGACAUCAAACUCAGAGGGGUAGCUAAUGCUGCAGAAGACUCAAUGCCACAAGAUUCAAGAUGACCCUAACGGAUUGGAAAACCGGGCCCAAACUAACAAAAUGAAUUUCAAUAUGAACAAAUGUCAUUUUCUACACUUAGGCAGAAAGAACCAGCUGCACAAAUAUAAGAUGGGUGACAUCCAAUUUGCGAGUAGUACAUGUGGAAAGAAUCUGGGGUUCUUAGUAGACCACAAGCUUAACAUGAGUCAACAGUGUGAUGCAGCGACAAAAAAAAGCUCGUGCCAUUCUAAGCUGCAUAGACAGAAGUAUAGUGUCCCAAUCAAGGGAAGUAAUAGUACCACUCUAUUCUGCUUUUGUCAAACCAAACCUGGAGUACUGUGUCUCGUUCUGGGCACCACCAUUUAAAAAGGAUAUUGACAAACUGGAACGUGUGCAAAGGAGGGUGACCAAGAUGAUCAAGGGUGUAGAAACCAAGUCUUAUGAGGAAUGGUUAAGGAAUUGUGUAUGUUUAGCUUAGAAAAGAGAAGAGGGAGAGGAGAUAUUAUAGUCACCUUCAAAUAUCUAAACUGUUGUCACAUGAAAGAUGGAGCAAGGCUGUUUUCUUCCGAUCCAGAGGUUUUCUCGUGAACCAAUGGCUUCAAGUUACAAGAAAGGAGAUUCUGGCUAAACGUCAGGAAGAACUUUCUGACAGGAAGAGCUGUUUGACAGUGGAACAGACUCCCUUAGAAGGUGGUGGACUCUCCUUCCUGGGAGAUUUAAAGCAGAGGUUGGAUGGCCAUCUGUUAUGGAUGCUUUAGCUGAGCUUCCUGCAUUGCAGGGAGUUGAACUAGAUGACCUUUGAGGUACCUUCCAACUCUACAUUUCUAUGGGUGCCAAGGGUGCUGGGUCAGAGUUCAAGAGCAAGAGUUUCAGGACCAUGGCCAGCACUCUUACAGAAGCACAAGCUUGGUGCAACUGCUAGACACAGGGGUUGGCAAGGCUUACCAGGCAUGGGCCAAAUCACUCCCGCAGAGAUCCUCCGUGGGCCAGACCAGCACAGCACGGUGCCAGAAAUCGCACCUGCACAGAAGCAAUUUUCGGCACAGCGGACAUGCGCAGACACAAUUUCUGGAGCCAUGGAAGAGAGUCCCUGUGCCGCACUCUGCUGGUUUAGCGCAGCAUGCAGGGAAUCGUCGAGCAGACAGCUCAGUUCAGGGGGUGGCUUGUGGGCCGGUUAAACAGCCUCCGUGGGCUGCUUCUGGCCCAUGGGCUGCAGGUUGGGGACCCCUGUGCUAGAGCAUUGUGGUCUGUUCUCAAGGGUCCACUGAAGGCUUAUAGGUAGUUAAAGGACAAGCAUCCUUUGGUGCUCCUUUCAGGCUGUGAGGUUUGGGGUUUCACAGACUUGGUCCAUGGAUACUACCUUGAUCCUUGAAGGGGUCAUUAGAACAUUCUUCGGAGUCCAUAGAUGAAGGUACAUCCUUGAUGUUUGGGGGGGUGAGGUGUGGAAUCUGGUGACACACCAGGUCUACCCAGGAUGAGCUAGGUGUGCAUCCAUUUCCACCUUGGUGCUAUGACUGCUCAGGAAUUGAGGGCUCAGGGUCUGGGGCCAUGACAUUUCCUCCUUGUUUUUUUCCUCAAAUAGUGUAGGUUGCCAGCAGAAUAAAGUAAAAGAAGGGACCUUCUUCAGUUAUUAAUGUUGCUGGUGAUUAAAACACAUACAAAACCAUUGAAUCUAAUCCCUGUAUUUGGAAACUGCUGCUAAUCUGGCCAGCAGUGGAAAAUGGCCUCCCUAUACAAUAUGACCCAGAUGCAGAAAAUCCAUAGUACAUCUGCUUUAAUUUCCCGUUAAUCACCAGCAGCGGAGAAAUGUAGGACAGAGCAUUCAGAGAGGCGGGCAUUCUAUUUGUGUCACUGGGCUAGUGGUGAAAGCCUGUCCAUGUGCGCCACUCUGUUUUGAAUAGUUGACCACUACCAACUGGUGGCCCUACCAAAUUUUACAGCACCACCCUUUCACUUGCAGCUCAAUAUUAUCUAUACUGGCUGGGACUGGUUCUCCAAGGCUUCAACCAUGGGACAUUCCCGGCCCUACAUGGAGAGGUUGAACAGGGGAUUGAACCUGCAACCUCUUCCAUGGAAAGCAGAUGCUCUACGAAUGAGCUUCCUUUGCACAUAUCAUGCAAAUAUACCUAUUUGUAGGCAAUGCUCUGCCUGAAUGCAUUUCUCUAUAACUGGGAAGGCUGUACUGAUAGAUGAAAGCCUGUGUCUUGGGAAGCCCUCACUCAUGAUCAUCUCAGUUGCCUUGGUAAAAUCUACCUCAGACCUUUGGACCAAUAUCUUCAGAAUACAGAAGCACCCCAAAACACAAAAGUUGGCUACCCCUGCUGUAAAGAUGGGGCUCCAAUUCAAUUUCUGGUGUGUGUGUGUGUGUGAAAAUACGAAUCUGCCCACACUGGUACCGUAAGUUGCUUACCUUUUUCUUUUUUUUUUGGUCUUGCUGCUUGUUUUGAACAUCUUAGUCUGUACUGCAUGUUUAAAGCAGUGUCAUACCACUUUAAAUAGUCAUGGCUUCCUCCAAAGAAUUAUGGGAAAUGUCAUUUCUUAUGGGUGAAGAGAGUUGUUAACCCUGAGCUACAAUUCCCAGAGCUCCCUGGGAAGAGGAUUUACUGUUAAACCACUCGGAGGUGGAGCUCUGUGAGGGGAAUGAGACCUCUUAACAAACAACAGUCCCAAGGAUGCUUUGAGGAAGUCAUGUGGUGUGACACCGCUUUCAAUGUAAGGUGCAGAUGAGGCCGUAGCCCUGACACCCUCUUAAGAGUUACUUGCAUUCAUUCUCCUCUCUUCUCUCACAGGAGCAGAGGCCUUCGGACUCCUGCCAACAUGUUCAUUAUCAACCUGGCUGUUAGUGAUUUCCUAAUGGCCGUCACCCAGUGUCCAGUUUUCUUCACCAGCAGUCUCAACAAACGAUGGGUAUUUGGUGAAAAGGGUAUGUUAGAAACAGAUUGUCCCCCAAAUCAUUUAGACUGAACAGGCUGGCUUGGAAGUUUAUCAGAUUGCCAGUGGGACUGCUGCUGUUGUUGUUUUUAAUCAACUGUCACUGAAGACUUAACAAGGAAUUUAUAAUAGUUUGUUGAUGGUUUCCCAAUUUUUCACACACCCUGCCUCUUUGGUCAAGAAAAGCCAUUCUUGGGGCUUGAAGGUGAUGUUCCCCUUGCUGUUGUAACCUGAGGAGGAGGAGGAGGAGGAGGAUGACUAAUAUUGCCCCAGCCACUCUGGGUGGCUUCCAUUAAAUAUUUCUUAUAUUCCACCCAUUAUAUUGGGGGAAAUUGCUUUGCAGAAAUUCUCUACAUUAGUGAAAAUUGCUUCCCAACAUGUGCAUACUAGGAGAAAAUAAUCUCAAAUGCUUCAAAUCUCAAAUGAGAACUUAAAAUUAUCAUCAUCACCAUGAAACGGUGUGGAAAUGUGGAUAAGUGAAUUUAAAGCAAGAGAAAUCGAAAUGGCGAAUAAGUCCCUUCCUACACGCACCUAGUGUAUAUGAUUAAAUCAAGUAAAAUAAGUGUGCAUUUUGAUUUGCCUGCUAACUCUGCUGUGCUCUUUCCGGAAAGGUUGUGAGCUGUACGCUUUCUGCGGAGCGCUUUUCGGCAUUGCUUCCAUGAUCACUCUAACAGUGAUAGCCCUGGACAGGUACUUUGUGAUUACGCGACCCUUGGCUUCCAUUGGAGUAAUGUCUAAGAAGAAAGCUUUGCUAAUCCUGUUAGGAGUCUGGCUGUAUUCCUUAGCAUGGAGCCUUCCUCCCUUCUUUGGAUGGAGUAAGUGAGACAGAAUUUUUAAAAAUCUGAUUACUUGAUACUGAGAGGAAAAGCAGGAAUUUAUAGAAUGGGCCUUUUAGAGCUUGUGACAGAUGAAAGAGGAUUUACAUAUUUAACAGGAAGAAAUUCUCUGUAAGGGAGACGGGUUCGGAGCAAACAAAUCUCUAAGACAUAUAACCAAGGGGAAAAGCUUUGUAGUGCUUACGGUCCAUUCAAUUACAUUGCAGUGACGCCUGUGCUGGGAAACUCAUUAGCGAAUUACAGAGAAAAGAGGAGAUAAAAUCAGGGAUGAAAAAUAAUGGGGGGGGGCAUCUUGCAUAACAUUUGCAUAACCUUCUGCAUUCAAGCUGAGCUGAACAGCAUAAGUAAUAGGCAUGAAUAAAUACAGGAUAUUUUCCUGAUUUUCAUAUAGAUUCAUUGUUCACAAUGGGGCCAUACUGAAAGCCUUGACGACAUGGAAUAGUAUGUGUGUUUGAUCCAGUUCCCAACAUUUUACUACUUUGCUGUGCUCUAAGGUUAAGUUUUCACAGUAUGUCAAAGAGAUGGGGUGCUAGGUGCAAGUUUAUGGGAGGGGGCAGUAAAAUUGAAUAUUCAUUGCCUCUCCCCCCCCCAGGUGCUAAUUUGGAGAUCCAAUCAGUGUUAGGGUUUACCCGGCCAGUGCACUACUGUUAUUUCAAAGUUCAAAUUGUUCAUUAGCAACCCAGUGAGAUAGGGAGUAGAGCAUAGAUAGAAAUAAGAAACUCAGAAUUGUAAUUGAAACAGCUCUGUUGGUUUGCUGAUGUGCAAUGUGCCAUUCAAAGCAUAUUGCUAUCUUCAUGCGAAAGAGAAUGAUGUUCUGAGCUUUUAAUCAAAACAUAGAAUCAUGAAGCAAUAAAGCACAUAGCAAAUCAUACGGAGUAGAAAUAAUAUGAGGAUAACAUUGUAAUAGGUUUUACAGGGCAAUCAGAGCUUGUUUCCUAACCUAAUUGAAGAGUUGGCCUGCUAAUUCCCUCCAAUCCAUCUAGUUGUGAAACAGAAUUUCCAUACCAUAUCCUAAUUUACGUAGCAUUUCAAAAUAAAGUCCACAGUUGGGAGGGAGCACAUGGAAAAUAGCUCGAAUCAGGUGUGCCUUGCACUAUCAGCACAUGUUUAUUGACAGAUGUGCCUUUUUGCCCAGGUCUUUGACUGAGUGGACAUCUUCCCCUAUCCUGCGUUGCUGUGCAUUGCAUUUCUGUGUUGCUGCUUUGUCGCUCUGAUAUUGGUUGUGUUUGUGGGUUUUAUUUUAUGAUUUUAAUUGUACAUUGUACUCAUUUGAAUUGUUAUGUUUUUUUAUCCUGCCUUGGGACUGUUUGGUGAUGGGUGGGCUGUUACUACAAAUAAUCAUAAUAAUAAUAAGCUCAAGAAUUUACUAGUUUACCUGUUUACUACUGUUAUCUCUGCUCUGGGAAGACAGGAGUGGCACAGGCAGACUCUGAGGACAUCUCAGCUCAGAGCGAGCAUUCUUGCAUGGGGAGGAGGGCUAUGGAAUACCUUGCUGCAGCAACUGCAGUCUUCCCGGAGUGCCAAAUGGUGGAGAUUGAUUUGUUGGCCAAUGAGGACCUGCAAAUCUCCUGCCCUUCCUGUCAUGUCACCUGUGGCAAAGGUCUCUGUGUGGCUAACAAGCUGACCAGGGCUGAGGCCUCAUAAAAACCAACUCAAUAUGCGUUAUCCAUGCAAGAUGCACCAAAAGCAAAUUUCAGUUGCUUUGACAAGAGACUCUUUCGUUUCACGAAUAGCUUUAGAGGGCAAUAUGAGAAAGCGCACUUCAAAAAGAGGCAUAAUUUGAUGAAGCAGAAUAAUCACUUACAGAGUAUUAGAAUCACUGGUUUAUAAUUAGAUUCUCAUUGUAUCCAAAAUAUGCACUCUCACGGGACCAAUAGGGAAAGCUGGGCUCAACAUCUGGUGUGACAUUUCCCAAAGCAGAAAAGAUAGAAGUUAUUGGUAGGAAUGCUGGGAAUCGCCCAGGCUACAGCAGUUUAAUGUCCGCAGUUAAUUGCAUUCCUACACAACAUCCAUCAGGAGAAUAGUUCCUAUUUCUUUUGUGUUUCUUUAAAAACAAUGUUUAUUUAACCGCAAACUUAAUUAUAUGUACCAAAUUAAUUUCUAUUCUGCUGGUGGUUUUAGCGAGAGCUUUAAUAAUCUGUUUCAUCUUGUGCUUGGUCGCAAGAGGUAUGGUUCUUUUUAGCCAACAAAAGGAGAUGUGUUAGUUGUUCAUCAAAGCCUAUCAAAUAAACCUUCUUCCAUUAGCAGCAGGGAAUAGCGAGGUGUCAGUCUGCACAAUCUAGCUUGCGGCCAGAGCAAGGUUGAUAAAUUAAAAACCAUCUCUGUAAUGGGACACCAGGAGUCUUCUAGGAGCUGAAGCAAGGAGAGGACAAUGUCAGAUCUGAGCUGCACUGAACUUGUUUACACUGUAACACAAAUUCAUAAUGGACCAGUAUUAUUGUCUUUAUUCAGUUUCAGGAUAUUAAUCACCUCAGUGCAAUAGCUUGCAUCCUAAGGUACUCUUCCGUAAGUGGAAGUCUCUUGUGCAAGCACAACUCACUUGCACAUGUGCAGCAUACUGGUGAUUUUCACUAUUCCCUUCCUAUGGAAACUGUCUUAUACAGAGACAUCUAGUCUUGGUCCACCCAGCUCAGUAUUAGCUAUUGCUGAUCUGCAGCACAGGAAAACAGUUCAUGGAUCUGAUAAGGUGGGAUGUAGUCCACAAAAAUGUAGUCCAGAAUAUAAAUUUGCUAGUUGUUAAAUUGCCACAAGAUUACGCGGCAAUGAAUCCUAUGAGUUAACUACAGACUUUCUAAAGCAAGCAAACAAAAUGUGAAUUACAGCAUUAUUGCACAGCUUUAGUAAGCUUGAAAUUAAAUUUCUGAUUGCAUUUUAAAUUUAAAUUCCAAUAACUUUUGGAGGAAAAGCUUAUUUCCCCCCCUUGUCUUUCUGCUAAGGUGCUUAUGUUCCGGAAGGCCUCCUGACAUCUUGCUCCUGGGAUUAUAUUACCUUCACCCCAUCGGUCCGUGCCUACACAAUGCUUCUCUUUUGCUUUGUGUUCUUCAUUCCCCUAAUUGCCAUCAUAUACAGCUAUUUCUUCAUUUUCAGAGCCAUCCGGAAUACAAACAGGUGAGUCACGCAUGUGCUUCCCAUUAUUUGCGUCAGUGGAAGGUUACUUUGUCCCCCACCCCCUUCCCCCCAAAGUUGUGACCUCCAGCCAGUAGGAAACAAAACAGGAACAUGAAGUGCAGGCAAAAACGGCUGUAGAUUCUGUACCAAGUUCCCACAUCAUUUUGAUAGGCACUUGGAUCAGAUUUCAGAGAGAUAUUAGGGUGUCUGAUUUGGAGAAUAGCUCCAUGAAUUAUCCGAGGAUUGGAACAGACAGAGACGAAUCAGAUUUUACUUGAGUCUAAUUUAGAAAGAUGAAUGAGAACCAGGGUUGCAAUUAAGAACUGACAUGAUGUAUUGGAUGGAAGGUAAAUCUAAUUCAGAGCUGUUGGUACUCUUUGCUUUAAAACGAACAUGGAAAGCAAAAUUCUGCAACCUGUAUAAAUUCUGCCAAUGGUUAUAUCCCUUCUUUGGUGUCUGUCCCCCUUUCCCAUCUUUUUUAUUAGAUUUUGCUUUAUUUAAUGUAUUCUUUUGAAAGCACUUAACGGUGGAUUAGAUCCAGACUCCCUUGAUGCUUGGAGCACACUGGUUGAGAAGUCCUAUCGAUUUCAGUGGGUCUACUCUAAAGCAUCAUUAUUAGUCCAGUUUGCUUCUAUUUUCAUAAUUUGCACAAUUUGUUCUGCUGCUGUUGAGAGCUGUCUUGGAGAAUCCUUCCCCAGGAUUGAUAGGCACAGGAAGGAAUGAGGAGAAUGUGUGGUCAUCUACAAGAAUCAGAAUCAUCAAGAACCUGGAUAGCUCAGUUGGUUAGAAUGUGGUGCUGAUAUAGCCAAGGUUGCAGGUUCGAUCCCUGUAUGGGGCAGCUGCAUAUUCCUGCAUUGCAGGGAGUUGGACCAGAUGAUCCUCAUCCCUUCUAACUCUAUGACUGUUAUUCUAUAGAACUGUAGAGUUGGAAGGGACCCUGAGGGUCAUCUAAUCCAAACCCCUGCAAUGCAGGAAUCUUUUGUCCAGCAUGGGGCUUGAACCCACAACCCUGAGAUUAAGAGUUUCCUGCUCUACCAACUGUGCUAUCCCACCUAAUAAGAAAUGACACCUGCAUUUUUGUUGCAUAAAGCUGAAGAUGGGGAGAAGGCAUGUUAAGUGAAAAAAGAAUGAUACAGGAAGAAGGGAGGGUAGAAGUUUAACACCUUUGCAGCAUGAUCAGAUUGAAAAUGGCAUUGCAUGCACACUGCACACUCAGAUUGAGGGGUAUACACAAUGGGCAGUUCUACACUGCAGGCUUAAACCUCACUGAAAAUCACUUGCCCUGAAGAAGUUGUGAAAUGUACUUUUUUUGAAGGUGCUAAUAUUAGAGAUCUCUGGCACCCUCAUUGUCUCAGAGCUGUAAUUCUUAGGGUCCCUUUAUUGGUAACGAUAACAAAUCAACAUCUCUGAAACAGUUUUGAGCUUGUAUUGAUGGAUGAGCCUGGCAAGAUAAUGAAGGUUUUGGCAGCACAUGCCGAAGAUUUGAAUUUUUCAUGCCCGAUUUACCAGCUGCUUCUUGUGGAUGAAAAUCUUGUGACUGAUUAUAUUGGGGAAAGAAAGCCACAUGCUUGCACUCAAAGAUCCACAUGCAGAAGCAGAAGCACUCUCAUAUAAUUGGAGUUUGUGAUUUUGCCCCAGACGCAGCUCCCUCCAUCAUGUUGCAUUCUGCUCCAGAGCAGAAGAAGGAGGGACCAUAAUCAUAAUGGCUCAGUGCAGAUGUGCUUUGCCUGUGGAAGGUUCAAAGUUCAACUCUGAUAAAAUAUCAAAAAGCUGAUGAUGGGAGCCUGAGAUUCUGGAGAGCCACCAAAACAGUCAGAGACAAUACUGAGUUUGAUGCACAUAUAGCUUGACUCAGUACAAGUUGGCUUCCUAUGUUGAGAGUCCCUAACCCUCCCAAAUGGCUUUUCAGGGACUGCUGAAGCUGCAUCUGUGAAAAGGGCAAAUUAACAACACAAACACAUCUAUGUGCUUCCAUUCAUGAAAGUGGACCUUUGGAUAUAAAUAGCAUUGAGCCAGUAAUAAAUAAACAAGUGGCAUUCUGCGUAAGCAGACCUCACUUUUGUUCCUUCAUUCAUGUUAUGUUCUUUUCCUCAGGGCUGUUCAAACCAUCAGUUCAGAUGGUACAAAAGAAUCUCAAAGGCUGUCCCAGAGGAUGACGAAUGAAUGGAAAAUGGCCAAAGUAGCCCUGGUUAUCAUCUUGCUUUAUGUCCUCUCCUGGUCUCCAUAUUCGAUGGUAGCUUUGCUGGCUUUUGCAGGGUAAUCAAAAAAUCUUGUUAUGUCUGCAAGGGGCCUGGGGGAAAUGAAAUGAGAACAUUUCCAAACUACAAGAAAGAAGAUUCCACCUAAACAUUAGGAAGAACUUCCUGACAGUAAGAGCUGUUCGACAGUGGAAUUUGCUGCCAAGGAGUGUGGUGGAGUCUCCUUCUUUGGAGGUCUUUAAGCAGAGGCUUGACAACCAUAUGUCAGGAGUGCUCUGAUGGUGUUUCCUGCUUGGCAGGGGGUUGGACUCGAUGGCCCUUGUGGUCUCUUCCAACUCUAUGAUUCUAUGAUUCUAACAGAAACAGUGAAUGAAGCACACCACAAAUGGCCAACCAAUGAAUCCAGGUGCUUUACUGAAGGAAGUUCCUUAUAAUCGGCAGCUGUAACCAAAGUAGAGGAGAUUAUAAAUGUGGCAUGUGUUAGCCACCCAACUCCCGGUACAGUAUUUGAUCUUAUAGACACAUUUUUUAAGAUUUACCUGGAAUUGAGGAUACUGGCCAGUGCGGACAUGCAAAAAACAAACAAACCCCAAACACCUUUUUCCACAUGAUGCCACCCGUUCCACCAUCCCCAGGGAUGCUUUGACAAGGAGACUGUAACACAGAUAAAGUCACAGCUACCUAGGGAGGAAAGCCCAUAUUAUUAAUGGCUGAAAAAGAUGCCAUUGUUGUGGCUGCAGAAAUCAUCUCCAGAAAGCUCAAAUCAUAUCUGUGGAUGGCUCUUGAAGCUGGCUUGGAAGUUUCAACCGGGGCAGAACUCUGUAACUCAGCUUCUGAUCAGAGCAAAACAAAAGAAAUGUAUCUCCAGCUUAAGCUCAGGAAUGUUGGCUGGCUGAUGCUUGUUUCAGCUUUGGGGAGGAAUGGCAGGAUAUUAAUUCCAUAAAUAAACAAGCUGGAGUUUGGCUUCACUGCUGCCAUAAGUUCCUUGUGGUCCUCUUUCUCUGAGAUCACAGGGAAGGUUUUUGCCUGGUCAUCCACCCAUCCCUCCUUCAGUCGUGGAACCCCUGGUGCCACACAGGUUGUUCCACCUAGACACUAACCAUAUCCAGACUUGCUGUACUUAAGUGAUAUGGUGGCCUUAUGUGCCUUCAUAUCACUGUCCCCCAAUAAAAUUAGAAAAGGUCAUGGCUGCCUCCUCUUCAUCAUUCAUACACCAUGGAACAGCUUAUCAGUGGAAAGCCACAUGACCAGUUCCAUAGCACUUCUCAGCUAACAGGUGAAGAUGCUCUCGUUUCAAAACACUUUUGCUACCAAGGCAGAUGCUGUUGAUUCCACUUGUUGUUGGGCAUUCCUUCCUGGUCUUCCUGCUUUUACUCCAGCUGCCACUUUUUUGUUGUUGAAUUUUUUUAAUGGCCACAGUGUUCUUUUUCAAUUGCUGAUGCUGUGCUUCAGCGAUUUGUUUUUUUAAUUGCUUGUGUGCAUUGUUUUGCAGUGUUGGACAGGUGAUGUUGCUGUUUUAAUAGAGGAUCUUGCUUUUAAUCUACUUAAUUAUCUAUUUAAUUAUGCCGUUGCUGAGUUGCUGCUUCAGAUCAAGGUUUUUCAUUAUUUUAAAUGCAUGCCUUUGGGCAGGGAGGAGGCUGAUAAAUCUGUUUUCCAUGUGAAUGUGCUCCUAAGUUCAGCCGAGGUGCAUCAUUUAGAAGAUUUUGCGUGUCUGAAUUUAUCCAUUGUGGACUAGCACUUUGAAGAACUUUGUGGAGGAGCAUUCAAAAGUAUAGUAUGUUAUGUAAAAGGGGGAAAGGGACAGUAGCCAUACCCUGGCAGAAUUAAAUCUAAGAAAGUGUGUUUGCUUUGCUUUAGGUACUCCCAUGUGCUCACUCCCUUAAUGAACACAAUACCUGCAGUGAUUGCCAAAGCUUCAUCCAUCUACAACCCAAUUGUUUACGCCAUUGCCCACCCCAAAUACAGGUAAGCUUCACCUUUUGUAAAGAACUGGGGCUUGCAACCAGUGACAGGUCUUCUUUUAGGGCAACCGCAAGCAAUGCGGGAUGCCACUUCUGUAAUAUUAACACUAUCUUAUAUUUAACAUCUCACCUGGUAGGUGUCGGCAGUAAAGGUUUCCAUGCCAAUGAGCGAGUGGGCUCAUGGAGGAGGGCCUGAUCUCUCUGUUCCUCCUCUGCCAGUCUGCUUGGUUUCUACACUGACUAAGGAGGGAGGAAAACCCAUCCAUCAGACCCAUCCCUCCUCCACCAGCCCACAGUGAAAAGGCAAAAAUUGUUUCACUAGCCACUCUGGCCCCAUGUCAUGCAUGGAAAUUGAUACUAGCAUUUCAGCAGGCUAGUAACAAUUUACAAGUGCACAUACAGGGGAUUUAAGCAGGUGCAGCUUUUCUCACAAGCAGCACCCAUCGACAGCCCCUUCUUAUGCUCAGCUAUACUCAACUGUCAAAAAUCCCAGCAUCUGGCUCCUCAAAUGGUCUCCAUCUUAAAUGCAAAGUCAGAAAAAACCCCAGGCAAAAUGAGUUGUUUUUGCUGAAUUGAUGAAGUCUCUUUGCUUGACAGUUCUUGAAUGGUAAAGAUCAUAUGACUGUAAAAUGAGUAUAUAUAUAUAUAAAUAAUAUAUACAGUGACUGGUAUGCAUGCCCGUGAAGUUUGCAGGCAUGUCAGUGUUUAAGAUCAGAUAGUUUUGUUGUUCAUAAGGAGAAAACCAAGUAGCAGCAGGGGUCCCCAUUGUCAAGCUGCCACACAUGGACUGCUCACCCACCAUGUGGAGAUUCUGCCAGCUGAAAUGAAAAUGCAAGCAUCCGUUCCUUUUUGUAUUGAAGCACUCCUGAUCUAGCAAGGGUAAUGCCUAACUGGAGGCAGCUUACAUGUCGUAUGCUGGGACCCAAACCACAUCUGCAGACCCAAAGAGUGCACAUUCAUCUGAGCAGCUUCCUUUCACAUUUCAUGAUGCAGAUAGCAAUCAGGAUUUCCUGCUAUAUUUUGAUACUGGUGGGAACAAACACCGUCAACAUGUGUUUCUGCCUGUGUACAGGCUAAUGCACACAACUGUAAACUGGAUUCCACAGUGCAGUCAUAUCCUUUUAUAGUCCAAUAAGGUCUUUAAUGCAAUAUGGCCUCUCUCACGCUCUUCCCCUCUCCCUCUCUGAAUGAAUGUACGUUUUUAGCUUGUGUCGGAAAGGACAGAAAUGUUUUAGUCUGUGUUUUGUGCUUCCAGAGGUAGAAAAAAGACUGAUGGGCUUAAUUUCUUAUCCCUUAGAAUGGCGAUUGCAAAAUUUCUUCCCUGCCUUGGAUCUCUGCUAAGGGUUUCUCAUAAGGACUCCAGAUCUAACAGCUUCCCUUCCACCAGACGUUUCACUGUCACCAGCCAGUCCUCUGAUAUGAAUGGGCUGCCAAGAGGAAACAGACGGCUCUCCUCUGUCUCAGACAGUGAAUCUGUAAGGAUAACCUUCAUCUACAUUGUCUAAUCUACAGUAUCAAUGAAAGGGGUGUGCAGCAAGCUGGUGGGCAUAGAUUAGACGUGUCCAUGCUUAAGUCGUUAGUGGGGAACCCUUUCUCAGCCCAAGGGCCACAUUGACUGGUGAGGAAUCUUCCUGGGGCCACAUGCCAGCAGCAGAUGCAGUCAGAGGCAAACAGUAGCUGAGCAAUGGAUGCGACUCCAUUGUUGUUCUACAAUGACUUCAAAGUUACAAUAAAUGUGGUUCUGACUAAACAUCAGGAAGAACUUUCUGAUGGUAAGAGCUGUUCGACAGUGGGAUGAACUCCCUUGGAAGGUGCUGUACUCUCCUUCCUUGGAGGUUUUUAAGCAGAGUUGGAUGGCCAUCUGACAGGGAUGCUUUAGUCAUGAUUACUGCAUUCCUCAGGGUCCCUUCCAACCCUACGAUUCUAUAACUGAGACCCAAACAGAGCUCAAAAUCCCUGGAAUCCCUCUGGAGGUCUACAGCCCCCAAAAGAGCUUCCAUGUGGUCAAGAAGCCUCUGGCUGGCUGUAGCAGCUAUUAGCUUUCUUUCUUUCUUUCUUUCUUUCUUUCUUUCUCUCUCUCUCUUUCUUUCUUUCCUAAUACCACCCUAUACCCAUAAAUCUCAGGGCGGUUCACAAUAUAAAAAACACUGAAUAUAUAAUAAAAACAAAAACAAAGACAACUCAAUAGUCCUCCCAUCCACAACACAUUUAAAAGGGCAUCAGAUGUCAAUCAGCCAAAGGUCUGAUGAAUGAGAAACGUUUUUACCUGGUGCCUAAAGGUGUAUAAUGAAGACACCAGGCAAGUCUCCCUAGGAAGAGCAUUCAACAAGUGGGGAGCCACUGCAGAAAAGGCCUGUUCUCAUGUUGCCACCCUUUGGACCUCUCCUGGAGGAGGCACGCAAUGAUCUCAGAGUCUCAGAGAAUGAUCUCAGUGUCUGGGUAGGUUCAUAUGGGAAGAGGCAGUCCUUGAGGUAUUGCGAUCCUGUGCCAUUUAAGGCUUUAUAGGUCAAAACCAAAGCUUUGAAUUGAGCCCAGAAACUAAUAGGUAGCCAAUGCAGUAGGGUGCUCCAGAGAAGCCGAUUCCAGCCCUUUCUAUGCCCCAUGGCCUUCCUGCUCCAAGUUCAGCACUGCAGGGCAAACAAGUCUUAGCAUCAGCCUUGUUCCAAAAUGGAACAAAGAACUUGUUGUUCCCCUUUGGUGCUGCAAGAAAAAUCCCUGAACUGCCAGCAGGUGAAUGAGGGGGUUUGCAACAGCACAGCGGAGAGAAGGCUGAAAAAGGACUUGCCAGCAGUAGCACCUGUCAGCAGCUGCUACAGGCAGCCAGAGGCUUCUGGUCAUGUAGAGCAGGAAUAAGGAACCUGUGGCAAUUCAGAGGUUGUUGGACUGCCAGCACGGUCAAUGGCCAGGGAUGAUGGGAACUGUACCCCAGCGAUAUAUGAAGGCCCCCCACCCCUUAUAAAGAGGCUCUUUUUAGAUUCCUUGCCUGAUCAUGGCUGAAUUCACCUAAAUUCUGAACUUCUAGUUGACAAAAUUUUUGCAUACAUAAAGAGUGAAGUAUUACUUGAGGGAGGCCAUGUCUUGUGUGUGUUCUGGGGAUGCAAAAACGCAUAUACCUGAACCAGCUCCACAUAACCGCCCUUGUUUUCUAAGCGAGGCAGGGAGGCUUUAAGCUCUCCACCUAGCUUACAGCGCUCUGAGAGGCUCUCACAGGGCCAUCCAAGUUCCCACAAGACAAUUCCAGAUCCCUGUGAGCAAGGCAGAGAGCUUAAAAGCUCUCUCUGUGCCAGGCUCUCUACCUUGCAUGCAAUUAAUUUGCGUCGUUUCAACAAGCCAGCCGUGCAAGGUUGCAAUAGUGCAACCUAACUGCAUGCAAGAUGUGAUCGUACUGUUUUGCAACAAUAACAUAGAAUGGAGCCCUCAUGGGGGAAGGGGGAAGGAAACGAGUUUGUGACGUGAGGGCUAAUGCUUCUGUAGGGUGAAGCAGGCUGAAUUUAGAAAGAGAUUUGCUGGCAGAUUUAGACAAAUUGACAAAUCCAUCAACAGAUCCCCCUCCCAGCAACCCGAAGCUUGCUGUAUCACUGCUAAGUACUUAGUGGUUACUUGCAAAGAAGCCGGAAGUGGUUCUUCGCUUUGGAAUCUGAGAGACUUUCCUUCUGUGCUAUCCAAGGCACAAUAAUGUGUUCUUUUUCAACCAGUUUUUUUAUUUUUUUAGACGAGCUCUAAAAACACAAAAAUGCUAUUAUGCCCCCUAAGCUGUUACGUUUUUAGGUUAAUGUGCUUUUAGGGGAGGCUAACAUGCUCCAAAUUCUUACAGGAGAUUUUGGAGCUGUGUGGGUUCUGCACUCCAUCUAUUUUAUAUCCCUGAUUAAAAAUACAACAAAGCAGAUCUUGCUAAAAUAAAGCCAACUUGGGAAUGCCCAUGUUCGUACAACAUACACAUUUCUACAUGAGACAAGAUAAAUAUUUUAGUUUUUCCAUGAAUUAUUUUUGUGGCUCCUUGUUGUUUUUCAGAACGGGCCUUUCUUUCCAGCAAGGCCAAAAUCUCUCAGGUGUCUCUCUAUACUUCAGAAUGAUUAGUCUGAAAUGAUGGCAUCAUGUAGAUUUAUUAUUAUUUUUAAGCUCCUGUCUCUUUUUCACACUCUGAUGUGAUGAAGAAGCAACAAAAUUAUUGAGAUAGGAAAGAGUCUUGUUGAUUUCUGUGGGAGAAAAUAAGUAAGUCGCAGUCAGUGAGACGUCUGAGAGGAGGGAGAGCAAAACCUUCCCUUCCUUCUCCUGAGCCUCAAAAUGGGUUUCAGUUGGGGGUAGGGGGUAGAUUUUGUCCCUGAGCACACUAGCAAGCUGUCAUUAUGGUAUACUGCCACCUGGUUGCCAUUCCCUGCUGAAAAUAAUGCCAAUAUAGUUCACAUCUGGCAACCAAUGCGCCCCUUUGGUUUCAGAUAUGACAUGGGUAGACGGGUCUUUAAAAGCCCGGGACACAAAUUUUCACAGCUAUGGUGGCUCAUUUACCAGAAGUAUUGUAUUUAGCUUUAACUCUGAAAGUGUAUACUUGAUUCUGACCAAACUAAGCUCCCUAGAGCAAAACAUACACCAGGAGGCUUAGUGGGGUCAGAAUUGAGUAUACACUUCCAGAGUUAAUGAUUAAUACAUUACUUCUGGAAAAUGAGCCACCAUAGUCGUAGGAGGUCCCUAAAAAUUUGUGCCCGGGCUUUUUAGACUCGUCUACCCAUAUAAUAUCUGAAACCAAAGGGGUACAUUGGUGCCAGAUGUGAAUUUUCCCCCCAGCUCUCCUACCACACUACUAGGGGCCCAGGGCAUAGAAGGGCCCUUCAUCAGCUCAGACCACCACUUAUUGCCAGGCCCAAGCGGAGGUGUGUGGAUACAGCUGAGGAGCCAAACUCAGCUUCCAUUCAUAGCGGCCACCUAACUGUUUGGCUCCACCUCCAAAUGAGCUGGCCAAGAACACACCAGCUAGACUGGUGACUGGGAGCGGCCACCAAGACCACAUAACACCAGUUUUGAAAGAUUUGCAUUGGCUCCCAGUACGUUUCCGAGCACAAUUCGAAGUGUUGGUGCUGACCUUUAAAGCCCUAAACGGCCUCGGUCCAGUAUACCUGAAGGAGCAUCUCCACCCCCAUCGUUCAGCCCGGACACUGAUGUCCAGCGCCAAGGGUCUUCUGGCAGUUCCCUCACUGCGAGAAGCCAAGUUACAGGGAAGCAGGCAGAGGGCGUUCUCAGUAGUGGCACCCGCCCUGUGGAACACCCUCCCAGCAGAUGUCAAGGAGAAGAAGAACUAUCAGACUUUUAGAAGACAUCCGACGGCAGCCCUCUUUAGGGAAGCUUUUAAUGUUUGAUGCAUUACUGUAUUUUAAUAUUUUGUUGGAAGCCGCCCAGAAUGGCUGGGGAAACCCAGCCAGAUGGGCGUGGUAUAAAUAAUAAAUUAUUAUUAUAUUAUUAUUACUGUGCUGCUGCUCUGGUUUGCAGCUACAAAGGCUUUUAAAACUCACAAUUUGUUUUAGGCCUUUAACAAAAUCUGGGGAGGAGGAUGCUCUGGCAGGGCACUGGUGACUGUGGGGUGGGUCCCAUCAGCUAAAUCAUGCAUAGUGUCCCCUGAAGUCUGGCCCUGGCCUUUCUUGGACCUGUUCACUGUCACAACAAGACUAUAAUGGGGGCUAGUGACCAAUGCCAAGGACUGAGGGUAAUAGAUAUCAAAUCAAGCAUAUUGGGGGGAAAGGUUUGGUCCAACCCAGGGUUUCCCAAACUUGGGUCUCAAGCUGUUUUGGGACUACAACUCCCAUCAUCUGUAGCUAGCAGGACCAGUGGUCAAGGACGAUGGAAGUUGUAGCCCAACAACCCAAGUCUGGGGAACCCUGGUCUAACCAUGUCCCUGAUAUGCUCAAUGUUGUACAGAAUGUUUAUUAUUUUCAGUCAAGGAGCACUUAAAUCUCUGCAGCAUAUACAGUGGUACCUCAGGUUACAUACGCUUCAGGUUACAUACGCUUCAGGUUACAGACUCCGCUAACCCAGAAAUAGUACCUCGGGUUAAGAACUUUGCUUCAGGAUGAGAACAGAAAUUGUGUUCCGGUAGCGCGCAGCAGCAGGAGGCCCCAUUAGCUAAAGUGGUGCUUCAGGUUAAGAACAUUUUCAGGUUAAGUACGGACCUCCGGAAUGAAUUAAGUACUUAAGCCGAGGUACCACUGUACUAUGAAAGCAGGGUGGGGUUGGUAUGUGGUGGGACACAGAAUGUGCACUUGGGGAAAUGAGAGCAUGCGGGAGACACAGGUUUAUUCUGGGUUUCUUUAAAAAAAAAAUUAUUUGUAAACUUAACAAAGAAAAGGAAGAGGGGACAUUAUUACAGAAAUUAAAUGAAAUUGCUAAUGAAAAAAUAGUUACCGGUAAAUUUGAUUAAAAAGAAAAAUAAUAUAUGAGCAAUACUAAUAGUAACAACAACAACAACAACCCGCCAUCAGUUCACAUUAUGGAUGCUGUAAGCAUCAGUAUGUACAUCUAAUGUAGAAUAUAUAAAUUGAUACAAGCCCUCCAGGUGCCCAAAUAGGUAUCCACACAAAAAUGAUGUUUAUAUGACAUAUGUUCAAAUGUAAGUAGCUCCGUGAGGUCCUCAAACCCUUGCAUAAUACUUGGUGGGUGUUUUAUCUUUCCAGGCAGAAAAGUAUAAGACUCUUAGCAACUGUAAGGGCUUGUAAAAUCCUCUUUUGUUGUCCUUAUGUGUUUAUUAAGCACAGGGCUACAAGGGUAGAAUGCACUCCAUUUCCAUACUUGAAACUACCCAAACCAUAUUAAAACACCUUCGUUUGGACUGUACCCUCCUCUUCUCUAGGCGGGUAACAUUACUGCACAAGGCAGAGCCAUAAAUGAAUUAUCGCUGUAAAGUAGAUAAGAACUACUGACUCCUUUGGAGAUAACAUCACUGAUAUAGGGUGUAAGCAAGGGGCAAAGAAUGCUGUGUGUUCAUUGGGCUUUUUAAUUUUGUGCAGGGUGUCCAACAGGGCAUUUGUGCAGUAGGAAAGUCUGCUUUUUAAAAAGAGGGGUGGGUGGGGAGAGAAAGAGCCUGAACAGAUGCAGUCUAGGAACAGCCCCACCCCCUGAUUUUGCCGAUUGUCUAAACUGGCCCCAAGACAGGAUUUGUUGGAGUCUCUUUCACAUUUCUGGCUCUUUUCUCUAAUGAGAGCCAUUUGGCACAUAACUGAACUGAUUGAGGGAAAGUCAUUAAACCCAAAGAGACUCUCUGAAAAAAAUUCAUGCUGGCCUGUCGCUGCAGGAAUGGACUGACACAGAGGCGGAUAUCUCUAGUCUGAACUCCAGAGGUGCUAGCGGGCAAGUUUCGUACGAGAUGGGUGAAGACACCACGGCAGAAAUGAACGAUGUCAAAGUCAAAUCUAAACUGAAAAGCCACGAUUCAGGGAUUUUCGAAAAGGUAACAAAACAUCCUAUUCUCAGAACAGACAGGUCUGCAGAUCUCUGCCUCAGCUUGUAUUAUUCCAUGUCAGUAAAUUUUUCUCUUUCUCUUUCCAUCCCCUCCUCCCAAAUGCCUUCAGUAACCUGUAUAAGAAAGCUGCCAUUAGGAGACCCAAGUAGAGGAGAACUUAAUAGUUUGUCCAUUUCAUUUGUGAGAUAUGCUUUCCCUUUUAAAAACAAGAGUGUUUCCCUAUAGAAACCACAACAAGUCCAUGCACAUAUCCUGGCUCGGUUGUGACACCACUCUAAUCUCCUUCCUCUUCUCACACCUAUUGGCACGAUCGUAAUCUCCAACACCAGCCCACAAGCAGCUGUCACCUAUUUCAUCUUGUUAAUUUGAAAAGAUGCCUGGCAGUCAAGCGACUCCCACUUCACUAAUUACGAUUUUCACGUGUGCUAUUCCUUUUGCCAGUUCUGCAGCAUGGGAGAUCCUGUGUCGCUAACAUUUGAAGGGGAGGGCUGGCCUCAGCACAAAACAGCAAAUGCUGUGUGCCCGGCAACUGUACGGAAAUCAUUAUGCAAAGCACAGGCCAAACAUAAGCAGGGGAGAGCAGUGCUGAUGAGAAUGUGCUGUGGGGAGCAAGGAAUCUUUCAAAAGCCGCUGAAAAAGAAAUUGUGAGGCUAGUGGGAGAUAAGAUUGGGCAGAGCAUUUUAGAAAAAGUAAAACUCUGCUGCCUGUAUCAUAACUUACCCAUCCUGAUGCAGCAUUUUCGUGCCCAGUCCCUGUCGUUUGAUGAACACUGGAUAGCUCAGUUGGUUAGAACGUGGUUGCAGGUUUGAUCCCCAUAUGGGACAGCUGCAUUUUCCUGCAUUGCAGGGGGUUGGACUAGAUGAUCCUCAGGGUCCCUUCCAACUCUUACUCUAUGAUUCUAUGAGUCUCUGAACACUUAGUGGAAGUCUUGACACUUCCCCGCAUCUGAGAACACAAAGAUUUGUCACAAGAGGAGCAGCACUCACCUUGAAGAACAUUCCCCAUAGUAUUGUUCUCCUGUCCAGCAUGUACCACUGAGUGCUCCUUCUAAGGGUGGAAACUGGCGGGAUGGACCCAAGAUAAGGGAAAUUGUGUGCACUGUAUGUGUGAAUGCUGAUGAUGAUAGGUGAAGACAUUUUGGUUUACUGAUCUGUCAUAGCCAUGCAUAAACACAUACCCUUUAAUGUAGAUCUGCCUGAAGCUGGUUUCUAACCAGGGCUACCGUUUCUGUCUUUGCACCGGCCCUCCUUCUGUGCCUUUGACAGCAGCCUGGCAUUCACAUUUUCUAACAGGGGGAUGCUUCCCUAUCACAUUCCAUUGCUGGGAUGUGCACCGUGCUGUUGGUCCUUUCCAUUCUGCACAUCAGAUUGCUGCCAAAGUCACUGGGAAAUUGGCAAAUUUAGUUUGACGCCCCUCUCCACCUAAAAAUAAACACCCGGCAUUCUGUUUCCAGCUCUCCACCACUUUCUGUCACUGUUGCCCUCAGAAGGGCAUCUUUGGCAGAAUAUUUGCACCUUUUUUCCUCUCUCUGGCAUUUUGGCUUGUUUUUAUAUGGUGCCUUUUGUUAUGGAAAAUCCAAAAUACUGUUUCGCUUCCCUGUGACCGCAGUCGUGUCCCAUAAAUAAUGUGUUUCUAUAAAUAGUGGCUGGGAGGGAACAAAGCAACAUUGUGUCCAGCCAAUGUUGCUUCUCUCCCCCCCCCACCCCAUCAGCCUCACCCCCAUGCACAAAACACACACUUUAUUCAGCUUGCAACCUUUCUUUCCUUGGGUGCCUUUGUGUGUGCAAGUGGUUCCUUUCCGCGCUUGUCACCCCUUCACCCCAUCACAAUUUCCCCUGCUUUUCCUCUCCUGCAUAAACACCCCCAGAGGCAUUUGAGCUCAGCCCUGUGGCCCCAGGCUGUGCCCUUCUGGAUCAGGGAGCUGUUCUCACCUGCUGCAGCUUCUAUGAGCCUGCUGCUGUUUUGUGAUUGGCUGCUGGAAUAAUCUCAGUCCUAUCCUCUGAUCUCAUUUGCUCUUGGUCCUGCAAGAUGGGAAUGGGAUGGGAUGGUCCUUUAAACUGGGCAUAACAGUAUAUUUAUUUGGGACGCAGGUGGCGCUGUGGGUUAAACCACAGAGCCUAGGACUUGCCGAUCAGAAGGUCGGCGGUUCGAAUCCCCACGACGGAGUGAGCUCCCGUUGCUUGGUCCCAGCUCCUGCCAACCUAGCAGUUCGAAAGCACGUCAAAGUGCAAGUUGUUAGGAUAUUUCCGUUCCACCUUAAAAGGGAGCAGGCUUUGUGAGUCACAGAGUCUGUGUAUUUCCUGUUCACAGGAUGUUUCUGUUGUGUCUUUGCUUUCGCUUCUCUCUCUGUGUCUGAGACACUGAAGCUGGCAGUCAUGUUUUCUUUGUUCUGAUCAACGCUGAAUAAACUUGUAAAUAAUGCUCUCCUGAGUGCAUCUUUCGCUGUGCAUUAUCUGCUGAUAGAGCGUGCAUCAGCUCUGGAAUGUGGCAAGCUAUUUCUGGAGCUCGUGUCGCUAACUGCUGAUACUGUGUGUCUACGGGAGAUCGAUGGACGUCCGGAGGCGGCUUGGGGGCCAUGAUGGACUUUGUUUCCCUGGCAGUAUCCCAACACAAGUAGAUAAAUAGGUACAGCUCCAGUGGGAAGGUAAACGGCGUUUCCGUGCGCUGCUCUGGUUCGCCAGAAGCAGCUUAGUCAUGCUGGCCACAUGACCCGGAAGCUGUACGCCAGCUCCCUCGGCCAAUAAAGCGAGAUGAGCGCCGCAACCCCAGAGUCGGCCACAGCUGGACCUAAUGGUCAGUGGUCCCUUUACCUUUUUAACAGUAUAUUUGGGCAUAUAUUAUCGUGUGCAGCACAGCACUGGUGCAACGAGUGGCCCCAGGAUGGGAGAUGGCAGAAAAGAAUACCUAACACCCAUCUUUUCUGGGAUGGCAGAAAAGAAUACCUAAUAAUUGGUCGCCCCUCAUUCCUCAUUUGGCCAGGUCAUAGUUGUACCAGGCACUGGGCACAAUAUAUUGCAUGGUUAUUAAGAGAGGGUGCAAUCAUAACUGACAUAUGGAAUUAUCCUUCUCACGCAGCACUUAGAGAAGGAUAGGACCAUGCUGUGACAACUCCAUAUCCAGGGGUAAGAAUUGUCUGCACUGCUACACACUCUUUCUUUCCUUUCUUUUGUAGACAUCAGUGGAUGCAGAUGACAUUUCUAUGGCAGAGGUGAAUAUCCCAGAUUGCUGGUUUCUUUUCAUAGUGUGAACAUUUCAUGUGAUUCUUUCAGGGAUGGGGAUGUUCAGGGAAAGCAAUGCAGCCAUGCCAUAUAUCAAACACCUCCCACUUGACAUGCUCAAAUUUAUUUAUAUCUCUGUCUGUCCAUCUAACCUCGUGGUUCCCAAUGCCCCGCAGGGGGUGCAAUUUGAUUCGUAAGGGGGGCAAUUUGGAAGCUUGUUUAAACCAAGUUAAUGGCCUUUUAGGCUUCCUCCACAUGCAUAGGAAUUCACUUUUUGAAAAAUAAGAAUUAUAUGUCACCGGGGGGGGGCGUGUCAGGAUUUUAGAUAUGCUUAGGUGGGGCAUGGCCCAAAAAAGGUUGGCAACCACUGGGUUUAAUCCAUCACAUUUCUAUCUCACUUUUCCUCCAAGGAGCUCAAGGUGGACUCUCCGUCCUUGGAGGUUUUCAAGCAGAGGUUGGAUGGCCAUAUGUCAUGGAUGCUUUAGUUGAGAUUCCUGCAUUGCAGGGGGUUAGACUAGAUGACCCUCAAGGUCCCUUCCCACUCUACAAUUCUAUGACCACACUGCCAGAACGCCUUUCCCUGCCAACAGUUCCUGAUACUGCUAAUAGUUUGCACCCUGGCUAUAGCUCAAAUAUUUCACUGGUUCUUUUCUGGCCUGUAAUAUGGUAGUGGUAGGGAUGCAUAUUGUUAUAUUUCACUGCUCAGUAUUUGCCACUCUUUGUAAAUCUUCUGUAUGCUGCAUAGGGAGCAUAGUCCAGUCACCACUGCAUAUUCCAUAAGGCAAAGAGAAUCAAAAGUGCUUAGUUUCUUUUAAAAAAUCCCAAAGUCUGCCCUCCUUUCUCUAGGACAGUAUCUAGGUCUGGGUAAAUCUGUUCAUCCCAGUUUCUUCAAUCUUUAAUUCAAUUUGCCUGGUUUCUGCAUCAGUCUGCGAUUAUUAUUAUUUUAAAAGUCUGCCCCUCUCUCCCAAUGUACAACUUUUAUAUGCCAUUUCCCCUAAUAGACACAUUUUUGCAAGCCAUUUCCCCUAAUAUAAUGCGGUUUUGAACAGUACUUUCACCAAUACACACGUUUCUGUGUCCACUUCCCCAUAAUAUAUGCUUUGUCUCGGACAGAAUUAUUGGUUAGAGUGCUGCAUCACAAAAUGGAGAAAAAUAUGGAUUUCAAUGCAUUUUAAUUCACAUGUUGGUUCAGGAAGCACAAAAUUCUCCCGCAUCUUUAGCAGUCACUUCCUCCCUUCAUUAGCUCAAACCUCUUCCUGCAUUCAUCUACUGCUACUUAGCAGGUGAUCGGUUUUCACUCUGCAUAGCUGGGAUGGGUGAGUUGCUAGUUGGAAGGGUGCAAGCCUGGGCCAAUCCACUAUUUCACAGCCUCCAUUCUUGCCCUGUAAAAAAAAGAAGAAAUUGCCAAGCUCAGAGUCUUGUUGCUGAAAUCAACCCGCAGUCCUUAGUACAUGUACAUGCAAUGAAAGUUGCAACCUUAAUGCACCCUUAAAUAUUAAGUGGCGCUUCUGAGCAAACAUGCAUAAGACAGAGGUGGAAGAAUACACUUUACUAUGCACUGACAUGGGGCUUACUUUUGAGUAAACAUGCAUUGGGGACAAGCCAGUGAAUUAAUGCACAUGUAAAGUGAACAGGUGCUUAAGGCUCCUGCACCUUUGAGAAUUGUGUAGAAGAGGGAAAUUCAACAGGUGCAGCUUACACAACCAGUGGCACUUGCUGAAGUGCCCUCUUCUACAGGAUUCUUUGUGGGGCAGUGACCCUGUUUUCUUUUGCAACAGGCCACUCUAUCCAUGCCCCUGAUUUAAAAAUGACUCUUCGGGUUAACCAGUUCAAGACCUAUGUGGAAACAUGAUUGUGGAUGUUUUGCACAAUUCUCUAUAUUGUUUCUUUAGGACUUAGCCUUUGGAAACUACAUCUUUGGAGACAGCCUGGUAAGUUGCCAUCCAGCUUUCAAUAAUCUGUGGGAAAUGUGAACAAUGUGGCCUCCCCAUAGUGUUGGGCUGAUGAUGAAGCCAGACUUACAGGUAUGUAGUUUUGGCGUGAUUCUGAAUCCAGCUUUGUUGCUGGAGACCCAGGUAGCCUCUGGCUAGAAGCACCUUUCGCCAGCUGUAAGUGGUGCGACAGCUACAGAUGUUCCUGCACCAGGAGAGCUUGACCACAGUAGUGUCAUUGAAAUUCUACUCAAUAUUAUCCAGAUUAGAUUCCAAUGUAUAGUUAGCAGAGUAAAAACUUAAAACACAUUGCAGGAUUCCCCAGAAAUAGACCAGAGGCAAUGAAUAUUUCAUCCAGCAGAGCUUUAAUGGCCACUGAAGGCUAAUAAGCAUUAUGGUCACAAAUCCAAUACAUUCAGGAUUGACACUGUCCAUAAGAAAUCCAGUUGCAGCAGACUUAACUUAAACUUUCAAUAAUUUAUAGUAAGUCUAAACCUUAACACUAAGCAUACAAUAUACAGAACACCACGCCAGAAGGAAAAGAGAUAGAAAGAGAAAGUGAAGCCCAAGCUCCUUCUGGCCCCAUUUUUAUAGUCAGCAUGACCUUGACUGAAAGAGGUAGUUCUGUUUAAGCCGGCUGUACUCAGCUUCUCUGAAGCAAUAACCCAAACAUCAUGAACCUUCUGCUUGUUUCUUUCGCACAGAGAAGCUUCCAGAACCCUCCUGAAUUAAGUAGAAUAGGAAAGAUCUCUAGCACAUCGGAUCAAUACUUUCUGUACUAAGAAAUGAAAACUGACAAGUAGUUCAAGUAGCACACUGGUGACUUCAAGGCUUAUUACUGCAAUGCCUCUUUGCACAGCUUCUCUUUGUGCUCGAUCUAGAAGCUGCACUUAGGGCAGAACGCUGCAGCACAACUGCUGAUGGGAGUGAAACCCUACUACAGAUUACAUCUCUGCUCAGAGAUCUGCACCCGUUGCCAAUUUGCUCCCGGGCCAAGUUCACGAUGUUACCAUUAGUAUAUAAAACCCUUAAUGGCUUGAGACCAGAUUGCUUGCAGGCUCGCCUUACACCCAUGUAUGCCCACUCUGUGUGUCAAUCAGCGUGACUGGCACCAUUACAGGUGCUACCUAAUGCUUGUUCCAUAGUGGCAAGAUUGCCCACAGAUCAUAUAUGAUGUCAUACAUGGGGCAAGGGGCUUGGCUUGGCUGAAAUGGGCUUGCGGUCCAAAUGGGGAGCCGGCCAGGUCUAAUUAGGCAUGUGGUCUGGAGGUUGCCAACCCCUGUUGUAAAUCUGUAGCAUGAAUCUGAGAACAGGUCUCUGCAGGCAGCAGAAUGAGGUGUCAAGAGUCCUCAGGUGUUAGAAUAGACUGUGCCGCUUCAGACUGCAAGAUGUGUGUGUCACUUUUUAAUGCUUGACUAUGAAAAAGAAAACCUUCCUUGCAAGUAGGAAAGUAGCAUAGUUACUAGAACCGUUCUAGACUCUAGAGCCAUUCUCUCUGGGGAGCUCAUUUUCUUCCGGCAGGCAGGAGAAUCCGGAAAAUUGUAGCUCCUACUUGCAGUCCAAAGUGGUGGAAUGUGGCCAAAUAGAGGCUGUGCCUUUAACAGUUGCAAAAAAUAGGGUUUUUUUAGCAGGUAUUGCAUGCAUUGUAUCUACCUUGCUUCUUUGAUUGUGGGGAUGGACAAACACUGAACUCCUCUCUUGACAGGCCUGUUUUGACUUGACAAGGGUGGAUUCUCCAAAUGCAUGUGGCAAAUAUACAUCGCUUCCCACCCACCCCAUAGGCUGUUGUCAACUCAGGCACAUUGUGUAUUAACCUCUUCUUUCUCGUACUUUCUUAAGACAGGUGACGAUCAGUACACUUUUGGCGUGAGGGCAGAAGAUUCUUGCUACCUCUCAUCUACAGCCCAGAUACCCAGCAUUGUGGUAACCUACAGCAACGUCCAGCGAAUGGAGCUGCCUUUUCAAUCCAACUCUGACCCUUCGUGCUCCAGGAACUGUGGCUAUAGCUGGGAGAGGAACUCCAGCAGCCGGCUAGAGUGGCUGUGCCAGGAUAGUGCCUUAGGUCCUACGCCAGAGACACACAUGUGUCAGCUUAGUGUAGAAAACCUUCCAAAACAUCACUGAAGCAGGAAGAGGGGGCAGAAGAAUGAAAAUCGCCAGCUUUCCUGUAAAGAUUCAAAAACAGCUCCACAAUAGUUAAUUUGCUUUACAUGUUGAUUGCGUUCUCCACAAUGUUUGUGUUAAUAAGUUGAGCAUUUAAAACAAACAGAGGCAGUAGCCCGUUUUAUCCUGAGAACAGGCUCACACAUGAAUCUUGUAUGGACAAUCUACACCCAGCCAUCCACAGAUUGCAACUGUCAGGCAGGCAAUCCCUGAUAAUGUCCAGCUUGGAGAGACAGCAGGCAGGGAGUCGGCUGACAUGCCCAACCUUUUUGGACCAGUGGGGGGAAUGUUGAGAAAGUGUUGCAUGUGCCAGUCGCAAAAUGGCUGCCAUGGUGUGGCAUAACACAAAAUGGCCACCACAUCUGAAAGAGGCAGGACCAAAGAUGGCUUGGGCACCCUCCCUGCAUCAGCUCCCCUAUCAAUGGGGAGCAGGGAGCACCUACAUCAGCCACAACUGCACUUGCUCACUCUUGGUUUGAAUGGAAGGGAGGUUUGGUUGUCCAGUCCUGCCAUCCAAUGAAAUAUGAGCAUGUGUGCAACACAGAAACCAAAGCAGUGCCAAUAUAAACUGAACAGAAACAGCAAACUGUCCCUCAUGCGUUGUUGAUUUUUUAAGGGGAUAUUUAGUGAGACCUUUCACAAGUAUUGUAGAAGAUCCUGGUGGGCACAUGCAUUGGUGGCCCCCUAGCCUGGUAGCUCAAAGGGCUAUAUAGCCUAGUGGCUUCUUCUUGCAACAAACAGAUGCCUGGAUUAAGGGAGGGAUUUUGAAGCCUUACAGCCAGCAGUGGUUUGUGAUAGGCUCUCCAGAACAGGGAACAACUGUAGCUCCAUGGUGGGUGAGCACAUGGUUUGUUGCAGAAGGUCCCAACACUGAGCCAGAUUGACUGAACCAUCUGACUUGGUCUAAGGUAGCUUCCUAUGUCCUCAAUUGCCUGAUUCCUGGGACCAGGAGGAUUCUCAUCUGUGGUGUUAGUCUCCUCCUGCCUUAAACUACCUCCAGUUUCCUUCUUCACGCAGCAGCCCUGCUGAUGCCAAGAGAAGAGGACUGGCACCUGGUGUUGCAAAGUUCCUGCUUUGAGCUGUACAGCUACUUGGUACCAAGGUGUGUGACUCAACGCCUGCGUGGAUAGUGUCAUGGCAUAGCUUAGUCACUAGGUGGCGCUGGGCUUGUGUGUGUAGCUAAGUGGUGUCAGGAGGUUCCUGCUGCUGUUCUGUUCUUGUUUAGAGAAACAAUAAAGUUAUCGUUUAGCUCCUUGACUAGUCUGUCCACUCAGCCUUCCAUGACAAGGCCUAUGUGCAUAUCAAUCCCAUCGUGCAACCAGUCCAUACCAUUUUUGGCGGAUGAUAUCUCAUCCAUAGGGCUUUCAGGCAUAGCUAAGUGGUCUUUUUGUCACAGGUUCUGCUGAAGGAUACAAGUUGAUAGCAUAUUACUGCACCUCAACUCUUAUAGAUCGUGUGUAAAUGGACUCUAAAGCCCUUUGGAGAGGGAAAAAGUGGUGCCUGCCAUUUUACUGUAUGAUGAUUUAUAAAUGUAUAAAUAAGAUGUUUCUGUCAAGAUCAAGGCAUGGGGGUUAUGCACAUGUCUCAUGGAAAACGUAACAUCUGCACUGUGCUUAAUCCACAUGGGACAAGUGUUACAGGAAGACCGUGUGACACCCAUCUACACCCAUCACCAAGUUGCACUUAAUGGAUGAUGUGGAGGUACCAGUGCCAACAUGGGAUGCAUGCCCAGGCAUUCAGCUGAACAUGCAAAUGCUCCAAAGUGUGGGUGGAGGGGUGGGGCGUGCAUGAAAGCCAUGCCUCCAAUGUCCUCAUGCAAGUUGCUCCCCACCCCCUGCUCCUCCGCAUUCCUGAAUGUCUCCACAUCAAGCAGGGGGCUCACAUAAUUUAUCAGGGAUCCUGCUAUUUCAGGGUCCCCAGUGGCACCGAGGGGGUCAACUCAUAAGUAGGAACCCUCUGCAGAACUUUCCCACUGAGCACAGGGGUGAUGCCUGGGACUGAACAUGCAGGGUGCAACACUCACAGGACUGCUUCUAUGUAUGCCCCCUGCCCCAGAUACAAAGUUUGUAUCUUCAGGCAAAUCUGUAAACAUACUUAAUGUCCAUAUAUUGCAAACACGGGGACAGAGAAGGUCUCUCUGUGCAAUAACUGUAAUGUGUAUUCUAGGCUUCUAUCAACAAGAUGUCAGGACUUGCGCCUGCACUGGGCCCUGAACUUGGCACUUUUUCAGAUAAAUAAGCAAAUAAAUUUAUUGCCAGCCCAUGACGAGCAAGUGCCAGAGCAGGUUACAAUUUAAAAUUCAACAUCAAAAACAGUAAAGUCACAGAAAUAGGGUUGAGAAUGACAACCUGCCCUCUCCUGAGAAUGCCAGGAAGACAUUCAACCUGUGUAACCAGCACCCAGAACAAGGAAAUACCUUCACAUUAAUAGGCAAGAGGAGAUCAUGUGGUACAUCUUGCCCCAUAUAGAAGCGACUUGAGUCAAGCUUGCCCUCCAGAGGAUUUUGCUUCUCUCUCUCUCUAUCUCUCUCUCUCUCUCCUUCUUUCCUUCCUUCCCUCCACACACAGCCCCGAACCUGAACUUCACGCAACCUAUAUCCGAUGCAAAAUAGUAUCAUAACAGAAAACACAGUGUAGGUUUUAUUGGAAAUUGGAACGAAUUCAUUGUCUUUGGGAACAAAUAAUGUAAUGGCGAUGUACUUUGCAAUAUUUUAUGAUUUUCAGUAUCUCGAUGUACUUUUUCUUUUUAAACAAUAAAAAAUUGUAUAUAUAA